CCAUCGCUGAGGGGGCGGCCACGGCGCUUUUCGUCUGCGUUGGUCGAUCGCUGGUUGGUACGAACAAGUGUUUGUCUUGGGAGCGUUUUGUAAUCUGACGACAACGCGCGGUUGUUUUGUGUGCUUACACCUCGUCGGUCAUUCUUUCUGUAGUGUCGACAGCUGCACUUGGCGACUGAUGUUCGACUGACAGUUCUCGAACAACUUCUUUGGGAAUAUGUUUAAUAUGUGUCAGGCCUAGCGUUUCUGGAGAGAAGCGCGUUUCGUGCUGCUGGUGUAAUUUCAGUGCAAGCGAGCAAUGAGCGUGCUUAUACAAAGCCAAACGACGCAGACUUUCCCGUCUGGAAUGCUGGUGGAGUUUUCCGCCAGCCCUGGACGGCGCCGUUCGGAAAGUGACAAGAAAGCGGCGUCGAACAACAACACAAUCGAAGUGCCAGAGUACAUAGUCGACCCAGGGACGAAGAUCACUUACCUCAAGGGAAAGUUCCUCGGAAAGGGUGGCUUCGCACGCGUCCACGAGUUGACCGACUUGACGACGAACCGGGUUUAUGCGGGAAAAAUCAUUCCUCGCUCGAGGCUCAAUCGACCCCACCAGAAGGAAAAGAUCGACCGCGAAAUCGAUCUUCAUCGCCCUCUAGCGCACAAGAAUAUCGUUAGGUUUCACGACUUCUUUGGCGAUGUCGAUAACGUCUACAUCAUCUUGGAAUGCUGCUCCAGGAAGUCCCUCGUGCACGUGCUGAAACAGAGGAACACACUGACAGAACCUGAGACCCGUUAUUUCAUGCAACAAUUGGCCGAAGGAGUUGAGCACAUCCACUCCCAAGGGAUCGUUCACAGGGACCUCAAGCUGGGGAACAUGUUACUGUCCGAGGAUAUGCAACUCAAGAUAGCAGAUUUUGGCCUAGCUACCCGUAUAUCUCCGGAUGGACCAAAAAAAUAUGCCGUGUGUGGGACACCCAACUACAUUGCACCUGAGGUGCUCAAGAUGCAAGGGCAUGGCUUUGCUGCUGACAUCUGGGCUAUGGGUUGCAUUAUGUAUGCCAUGCUAGUGGGCACACCUCCAUUCGAGACAGCAACACUGGGCGAAACCUACCAGCGCAUCACUCAGAACCUGUACUCGAUCCCAGCACAAGUGAGUGCAACAGCGAGGGACCUCAUUUCAUCUAUGCUUCGUUCUGAUCCCUCAGAGCGACCUACAGUCACCCAAAUCCUCCAACACCAAUUCUUCAGUCAACCACUGGUUCUCACAGAGCUGUCUCCAUCGUGCUGUUACACUCCACCAAGAUUUCCCUCAACUGUACCUGAAGAUCCAAAAAGUGCACAUUCACCAAGAGCAGUCAGGUCUACACCAGCACAUGGUUACAGUGACUGCCGAGAAACUAAGAAAGUCACGCACUUGGUAUCCAAAUUACAAGUCCAGUGCCUGAAAAGAGAAAGCAGCAGCAAGUCAUCCGAAGCACCGAGCAAGCCAGAUUCGACCAAAAGUGGGAUCAUGAUGACGCUCAGUCGUGUUCUGUGCCCAGACAAACGCUCCACACAAAAGGCAGGCCCUACUGUGUUUUUACACAAGACGCUGCUCGCGUGUCUCGAGGAAACGCCAUCGUAUGCGACGCAGAACCCGACCCUGCUACAAAAUGUCACGGUGCCAUUUGUGACAAAGUGGAUAGACUACUCUAACAAAUAUGGAUUUGGAUUCCAGCUGUCGGACAAUAGUGUCGGUGUACAGUUCAAUGAUACUUCAAGGUUGAACCUCUCGCCAGACAAAAGUCGUGUGGAAUAUCACGAUGCAGCUGGCAAGAUGAGCGUAUACGACCCUUUAAGCAUUCCAGGACUUCUUGAGGAAAAAUUUGACUUGCUCAAGUAUUUUGCUCAAUAUAUGGACGAGAACCUAACUGAAGGCGCUGACCUCGUCCCAGCAAUAGAAGCAUCUAGUAAGAAGAAGAAAUGUAUCCCAUACAUGAAACGUUGGGUGCGAACAACACAAGCAAUUGUCAUGCAACUAAGCUGCUCCACACUUCAGGUGAAUUUCUUCAAGGAUCACACAAAACUGGUCAUCAACGCCAACCAUUGCCUUCUGCUCUACAUCAACGAAGACCGUCAGUCUUGUUUCUACUCGCUGAACGACAUUGCCAGCAAGGGCUGCGAAGACUCACUACGUGGCCGUCUGCAGUUUGCCCUUUCAGCCCUCAGGGAAUUCCUCGAUGUUGAGAUGAAGGACAACGUUUGACGUCUCGGUGCCUUUUGGCAUCGCAGAAACUAGUCCAUGCUAUGUCCCCAUUACACGCUGCCCUCACGUUGUCAGUGUAACUCUGAGGCUUGGAACAGAGUCUCUGCCCUCAGGUAAAACGCAGCUGGCCAAGCGGGCGCCCAGCCAAAGGUUUGUAAUAAGGGCAUGGGUAGUUGCAACCUAUUUACUACUGCCAUAACAAUAUCUUGUCACUGUUUUAUAUAUUUCUCUUUUGUUUUCUUUGUUGCCAUUAUUGCUCUUCCUCAACAGAUGCAAGAACAGAAUCUUUGUUGGGAGUGGUGCUGCCUACAAAUGACACAUGAAACAUUUACCCAAGUUGCGUGGCAUAUACUACUUUUUACUGCUGUUUACACGGCUUCAAUUUGCCUCUAUUUAUGUUUACACGGAAUUUAUAAGAAACAGUUCAACUGAGAAAUGGGUGAAAAGGUUACACUUGUUGAACAAGUAAUUCACGAAGAAGCCAUUACUUGUUCACUUUGUCCCAUGUUGUGUUUGUCCUUUAUGUAGCCUGUCUGGGCUAUCUGUUACACUUAUGUUUGGCACACUGCCACAAACGCACAUCCCAAUUUCUCCAGUUUGGUAAUGUAUGGGUGCACGUUAAAGGCUAGCUCCGUGAAAAGUUCCUUAAUAGCACUCAACAAUCUUCCAGUCCAGUCACAAAUUGGUUUAGUGUCACCACAGCAUAAGUGAUGGAGCUCCCUUUAUGUAACCUACGUUUCUAAGGCAUGCAUUUUAUCUACUGAUUGUCCGUAUUUAUGUAUCCUUAUGUUUGUACAAGUACAUUGUUGUCAACAUUUUUUCUGCCAAAUAUUUACAAAUCAAUGUUGCAUUUUUACGAUGGUACUAGUUGUAAUUCUUCUUAUUAUUUUCGGUUUGCACAAUGUACAAGAAAUAUCACCAAAGACAAUUUCAUCUCAUGUUUACACAUCCAGGGCUUGACAUGGCAUUGCAUUCAAACUGUCACAUGUAUAGCUUCCGUUUUACUAUAUCCUUGUUAUAGGGCAUUACUAUAUAUAGCAAAGGCAACAAAGUUGAGCCAACCAUUUGCAUUUACGUGUGACUUACGAAAAGCCACGUAUGGGAGUUGGUGUGAAAAUAGUUUGAGUGUGCUUAGCACAAUCUUCAGGCAGUCUAUAGCAGUGCAGAUGUGUUUGCUUUGAGCAAAUGAUCAAUGUCAUUAGAGAGUGUUAUUUGCAGUUGGCCCAGCUUGCUCUCUGCAGCUUUGGCAUUUAAAUGUGCCACGUAUUACUCAGCACGUGUGUGCAAUUGUGAAUACAUAUCACUCACUUUCAAAAAACACCAGUGCCUGCAGAUGUUGCAUCGCUGUGAUAUUUCAUCAUUUUGCAUCAACACUUGCUCGCAUUACAGAUUGUAUUAAAUAUUAACUCGUUAUUGCAUCUGAGAAAGAUAAGUGGGGCAUUCUCAUAAAUGUGCUCAUUGAACGGAGCUUCCAAACUAAAAGUGCUUGUAUUGAGCUCAAGUGGUCAUAUUAAUCUGGGUAUUGCUCGUGUAUUAUCAUUUGGAACAUUGUUGAAAUCCUUUCUCAUUUGAAAUGUAGUAGAGCUUCAUUAAUUCUGCCUCGUUGAACCACAAAAAUUGGAUUGAACUAUUGAAAGAUACGUUUUAAGAAAUGAUGGGAAAACUGUGAUGAUUUCAAACGCAGUUUGAGAUUGUUUUUCUGUAGCAACCUAACUUUUGUGCAUAAAGUGCUUUGCUUACA